AUGGUAUUUGGAGAAACCUGUGAAGAUUUAAUUAAAAAUUGGGUAAUUUUGAUUGGGUUAUGGCUUCAUUUAAUGGACUAUAUGACUAUUCAGGUUGCUCAGUCAACUACCACGAACAAUUGUUUAAUAAUUGAGGAAAAAUGGAGAGAAUUAAUGCCCAAAAGGGGCACUUUAAUUGAAACAUAUAUUUUUGAAAAAUACAAAAAAUUGGAAAAUAAAAUUGAAGAGAAUGGGGAAAAUAUUAAAUUGGAUAAAUUUAUUAAUUUGGUUAAUCAAACAAGCCCCAAACAAGUUGGAAAUAUUGAGGGAGAAAAAACACAAAUAUUAAUGCUGAAUUAUUCCGAACAUUUGAGUGGUCAAAAAGUGUUUCCGUAA